AUCUUUCAAAAGUGAGAGAGUUUUAAUAUCUUUUUUUUUUAGCUGAUUACAAAAUGUAGGAUUUCCUUUAUUUAUCGCUUAAAUUUGUCCACUCCAAUGAAAUUAUAAAACAAAGCCAAAUAAUUUAUUUCUGUUACGAUUCAGUUAUUUUAAGACUUUGUGGUUUUAUCUUAUUUUAGAUGAUAUUUUAUAUAAUCACUUAUAAAUUUAAAAAUAAAUAAAAGUAGUCUUCGAAGGAAAUUGAAAAUAAAUUUCAAGUUUUUUUAGAACUAGAAUAAAUUCUAUCAAUUACUUACUAAUGGUCAAAUAGAAUUGUUUAGUAUAGAAAUAACCAAAUUUAUUAAAGUAGCAUUUUUGAGAUUUUUAAUAUAUAAUAAUAAAAUUUUCUUUAUAUUUAUUUAUAACUCUAUCUAAUUAUUGGGGGAACGAAAAGUGAUAUAUUUUCUUCAGAUAAUCUAUUAAAAAAGUUAGUUAGAGACUUCUACUUAAUUUAGUCAAAUAAAUAAAUAAAUAUUCAUUUUUUCUACCUUGAAAAAUAGAAAAUUGCAAGAUUUAAAGAUAUGUAGAAUUUGAUUUACAUAAUAAGGAGGAAAUUUGCGUCGAAUAUAACUCAUUUUUGAAUCCUAAAACAAAUAUUAGAAAACAAAUAAUAAUCAAAGAAAGAUAUGUUUCAAAAUAAUUAUGAAUGAAUGAAUAAAAUUUUUGAUAUAGAGUUUUGAAGGUGAGAGUGCCAGCUGCUAACUACUUGUGCAACUCUUAGAGCUAUUAUUAUGAAUGAAUGAAUUGAAUUGAAUUAUUAGGACUACUUUAAGGCAGUAAUGUAUAUCUUUAUAUUUUAUAUGCUGGUGACUACUCUCAUCAAUUAUUAAUGCUAUAUCUCAACUAUUAAAAUUGAAAUAAAAAAUAAAUAUCAAUAAGUAGAUGAGAAAAGAGGAAAAAACAAAAAAUAAAGAUUAA